AUGGUUCUGUGGACACUCUUCCCCAUCAUGCUGGCCUUCAUAUCCUUCGUGGGCACAUGGACAGUAUAUGGAAUCGCUCGGUCCAACAACCAUGUAUGCUCCCUCAGUGACUGGAGCGGUGAAAACUUCUGCUCUGGAAACACCACGGUGAACUGCUGCUAUGUCCCCACCAUAAGCACAAGUGGAACGUACGCACCAGAAAACUCGCUCUUCACGGCCACCAUCAACGCUGGCUCAUUUUUAUUCGUGCUCUUCUGCGUCUUCCACCACGCUCACGUGCUGGAGAAACACCCAGCUCUGUCCAUGAUGAGCAGGGUGGCCACGCUGAUGGGGCUGGUGGCUGGACUGGGAGCCUUCGUAGCCGGGAACUGUAACCCGCACCACCUAGCCCUGCUCCACUACCUUGGCGCGGCCGUCAGCUUCGUGUGCAUCUGCUUCUACACCGUCAUGCUGACUGCUCUCACCAGGAAGUGCCAGCUUUCCGGCCUGGAACACAUGCUGUACCCUUACCGCGUAGUGUCCACCAUCGUCCAGGUCAUUGUCACCAUCUGCUACACAAUCUUCUUUGCCCAGGAGCAGUACCUGUACUCCCAUGUAUCGGCAGUGUUUGAGUGGAUGCUGAGUGUAAACCUACAGCUGUUAGAGUUCUCCUUCGCUGCUGAGUUCUACUACUUCUCUUCCUUCAUGAUUACCAACCUGCUGGGUAAGCGGGACGAGCAGAAGCCCCUCAUGCUGACCCUCUCAUGA